GGUUUAGGGGCGGUUUGGCCUCCGGCGUUCUCGCUGGCCGCCUGCGUGCGCGCGCGGAGCCGCCCGCCCGGGCCCCGUGUCAUUGGCGAAGGAGACGAUGUCUCACUGCAGCGGCGCUUCCCGCCUCCUGGGCCGCCUCCUGCUCUUGCAGCAGAAUGGAGUACGUCACUGUUCCUAUUCAGCCACGCGGAAAAAUCUUUAUAUCAAUAAAAAUACAAAGGUUAUCUGCCAGGGUUUUACUGGCAAACAGGGCACCUUUCAUAGCCAACAGGCAUUGGAAUAUGGCACCAAACUAGUAGGUGGAAUUUCCCCAGGGAAGGGGGGCAAAACUCAUCUGGGCCUGCCAGUCUUUAACACCGUGAAAGAGGCUAAAGAACAAACAGGUGCCACUGCCUCCGUUAUAUAUGUGCCUCCUCCGUUUGCUGCUGCUGCAAUUAACGAAGCUGUUGAUGCAGAAAUCCCCUUAGUUGUGUGCAUUACGGAAGGUAUUCCACAGCAGGAUAUGGUUCGGGUUAAACAUAAACUGAUCCGUCAGGAUAAGACUCGACUAGUGGGCCCAAAUUGCCCUGGAGUCAUCAAUCCUGGAGAAUGCAAAAUUGGUAUCAUGCCAGGCCACAUUCACAAGAAAGGAAGAAUUGGUAUUGUGUCAAGGUCUGGCACCCUGACGUAUGAAGCUGUACAUCAGACGACGCAAGUUGGAUUGGGACAGUCCUUCUGUGUUGGGAUUGGAGGAGAUCCCUUCAAUGGAACUAAUUUUAUUGACUGUCUUGAUGUCUUCCUGAAGGAUCCCCAAACAGAGGGGAUAAUAUUGAUUGGUGAGAUUGGAGGCAAUGCUGAAGAAGAUGCAGCAGCGUUCUUGAAGGAAAAUAAUUCCAGUCCAAAUGCCAAGCCUGUAGUGUCAUUCAUAGCUGGUCUGACUGCUCCUCCUGGCAGAAGAAUGGGUCAUGCUGGGGCAAUCAUUGCUGGGGGAAAAGGUGGCGCUAAAGAGAAAAUUGCUGCUCUUCAAAAUGCUGGCGUUGUUGUCAGUAUGUCUCCUGCUCAGCUGGGUAGCACUAUACACAAGGAGUUUGAGAAGAGGAAACUGCUGUAAAACCCCUGGAACAUUGUCACAGAAAAGUCAAGACAGCACCUUGCCUCUAUAUAUCUGUCGUCCACUAAUCUUCAGCUGCCUGAAUGUGACUGAUACUUGGUUUCAAUUUGACUUUAAAGCCAUAAACUUUAUUUCAAUGUCUCCUGCUCAGAAAUGGUCACCUGAUUGUACAUCAUAGCAAAUUAAUAAAUCUACCACUAAAUUUGAUUUUUGAAUUCCUGAAGCUCAGUGAUUUUUUUAUUUUAUUUUUUUUUCUCAUUGCAAGACAGCAUUUUUUACUUUUAGGAAGAAGAAAAAAAAAACAGCACAACCCUAUCUGGAAGCAUUUGAGCGCAUUUUUAUAGCUUGAGAUUUACAUACGCAUUGCACUCUGAGUUAACGUA